AAAUUCAUAUAGGCAUUUAAGAGAGACACAAGUUGAAGAAGAAAUUUAAUCAAUAUGGAGACCGGAUGCUUUUCAAAAAGUAAAUCUUAUGUAGUUCGAUCAGAUAUCAAAGACCGGGAACACACACCUUGGCAGAAAGUGCUUGCGAUUGUUAUGUUACUUGUGUUUGCUGUUGCCCUGGCUGCUACCCUGACCCUUCUUUUGCCAAAUGACGAAACACCUAAUAAUACCAAAACACCAAGUAUGACAGAAAUCCAAACAACAUCUAAUACUUUUUUAAAACCAAAUCAUACUAUUGAUUCAACGUUAGCCUUGGAAAUGUCUACAACUACAAAUCCAAUAUCUGGUAAGAUUCUAACUAUUGGUAAAUAUGAAUGA